CAAUCGCGCACAUGGUUUAUAUGGUGCGGAGGCACUUGCCUCAAUCCGUCAGGAUUCAUUGCAAGGAGGACCUGGGAAUCUCAGAAACAAAAUGAAUAUGUACAUGGUGCCUAACCCUGGUAUACCAGGCUGUCCACCAGGACUCGAAUACCUGACACAGCUCGACCAAUUACUGAUCAAGCAAAAGGUUGAAAUCAUUGAAGCCCUUGUUGGUUUUGAAAGCAAUAACAAGUAUGAGAUUCGCAACUCCAUGGGUCAGAAUGUUUUUUACGCAGUGGAGGAAAAUGACUGCCUAAGUCGCCAAUGUUGUGGUCCCCUGCGCUCAUUCACAAUCCGAGUAUUGGAUAACUACGGCCAGGAGAUCAUCACAGUCUCCAGACCUCUGAAGUGUAUGUCUUGCUUCUUCCCCUGUUGUCUGCAGGAGCUUGAGAUCCAAGCUCCACCAGGAAAUACUGUAGGCUAUGUGAUCCAGCAGUGGCACCCGUUUAUCCCCAAGUUCACCAUUGAGAACGAACACCAUCAGCCUGUUCUGAAACUUCAGGGGCCUUUUUGUGGAUGGAGCUGCUUGCCUGAUGUGGAUUUUGAGAUUCUGACCAUGGAUGAGACCAAAAUUGGGAAGAUAAGUAAACAGUGGACAGGGCUACUUCGAGAGGCAUUCACAGACUCCGACAACUUUGGUAUCCAGUUCCCCUUGGACUUGGAUGUCAGGAUGAAGGCUGUCAUGAUAGGAGCCUGCUUCCUCAUAGACUUCAUGUUUUUUGAGAGCACCAAUAACUAGGGCACCAUGACCAUGGUGGCACACACUUCUGCGGAUGGUUGCCAUGACGCAGCAGACGCAGCAUGACAGUGCCCUGGAGCUGAAUCCGAUGAGGUGAAAAACAGGGAGCGUCCGGAGAAGGCAGUAGGAACCGGGGAGAGUUUGGGAAUGUAGUGCAUAGCUUGUCUGUGUUAGAAAGCAUUCUUUGGAGGGGAGCAGUGGGUGUUUCACCUUUGGAUCAGCUCUUUGAUGCAAAAGUAGAUUGCUAAGAGCCCUUCCUGUGUUUGUGCCGUGUAUACUGUGUGUCACUGCAGACAUCAACAGUUUUUGAUGAUAAGAAUGUUGCACGUAACAUCAGAACUCUGAUACUUGGUACUUACAAUAACAUGACGAGGGUUUGCAAGAACAUAACUGCGACCAAACAAGUCAUCUUAUUCUGCUCAACUUUAGCACAUAGAUGGGCUAAGUCAUGCCUUUAAGAGGAAGUCAGUCUUGUAUUUAAACACAGAGAUCACAUUCAUAGGUUUUGAUAUUUAAUAUUUUAAAUGUUUAAGCAGUCUUUUGACCUGAUAUUUAUUUAUUAUUAUUAUUUUUAAUUUUUAUUUUUUUCCAAAGCGAAUCAUGUUUAUUUAUUUUACAUGACUUAAUGCUUGUGUUCUAAAUGUGUGCUUUAGCAUAGGGAUCUAGCUCUGAAACUACUGUACAAAUACAGACAAAUACAUGACUCUCAAGCAAGACUAGAAUAACAACAUUGACAUUAUUUUGUUACCAUAUUCCUUUCAUACUUGAGUGUAUUUCAUAAACAUUGUUUUUUAUUAAUUUUAAAAAUACAAACGUCGUCCACAAUGUGUGAUGUAUGCAAACAAUGUUUGCAUGGUGAAUCAUUUGUGACCAAGGGAUAAAUGUAAGUGAAUAAGCAAUGCAAGAAUUCAUGUGACAAUGGUAAUAUAGCCUACUUUAUGCAACAUCUGUUUAUGACAUUACAUCCUUAAUUACAGCAUGUCAAAAUAAAUUUCAUCCACUUUUUCUUGGUAUUUUUAUCCUAUCUUUUUCCCCACAUGUACAAAUCCAUUUUCAGUUCACAUAACUGCAGCCCGAAGCAAACAAAACUCAAACUGAAAUGUAGGAUAACUAUUUACAUUAUGACUCAGGUGAGCUUCUGUUGUGGUGGAAAUGACAGUUGUGGAUGUUAUGAAUGUAGCUCAAAUGUGUGCACUCUAUGUUUUGUUAUUAAAAUAUAUGUAUAUUUUCA